CAACCAUGACCAAAUUUCGACCUUGCAUCGACCUGCAUUCUGGACAGGUGAAGCAGAUUGUUGGAGGAACAUUGACUACUACGUCCGCAGAUCUCAAGACGAAUUACGUAUCAAAGCUACCAGCAGGCCAUUUUGCAAAACUGUACAAGGACAAUGGAUUAGAGGGGGCGCAUGUUAUUAUGCUAGGGCCCGGAAACGAGGAUGCAGCGAAAGAGGCAUUGGCAGAGUGGAAAGGAGGUUUGCAAGUUGGAGGAGGCAUAACAGACAAGAAUGCGAAGCAAUGGAUUGAAUGGGGUGCUGAAAGAGUCAUAAUUACAUCCUUCCUCUUCCCUGAAGGGAAGUUUUCACAAGAGCGGCUCAAUUCGGUCCUUGCAGCACUCGACGGUGACAAGGAGAAGCUUGUCAUUGAUCUCAGUUGCCGGAAGAAGGACGAUACUUGGUUCGUAGCUAUGAAUAAAUGGCAAACCAUCACAGAUAUGGAAGUCAACGAAGAAUCUAUCAAAUCGCUUGAACCAUACUGCUCCGAGUUUUUGAUCCAUGCAGCAGAUAACGAAGGUCUCCAGAAGGGAAUAGAUGAGCAACUUGUCGAAAAGCUUGCACAAUGGUGCAGUAUACCAGUGACAUAUGCUGGUGGCGGAAGAAAUCUUCAAGACCUGGAUCACGUCAAGAACCUCAGCAAAGGACGAGUGGAUCUGACGAUUGGAAGUGCUCUCGAUAUCUUCGGAGGAUCAGGAGUAACGUUCGAAGAGUGUGUUAAGUGGAAUCAACAACAAAUAGUAUCCUGAAUCGGUUUUCAAUGCCAUCCAUAACUACGUAACGGGGUACCUACACUAUCUACGUCGACAUCGAUCCAGGCUCAGGUAUCCGGUUGCACUGGGUUUAGACUAGAUGGAAAGUGACAUUUUGACCCUUCUCCUUACUGUUUUAGGUUUAUUGUUCUUGUCAGCAUCUUUCCCUUGAAUCUGUUGUCUGUCCUCACGUCAAAUCGCAGUUUGGGUCUCCUGCUUUUCAACGAUACUUUACUACCUGAACUUCCCUGUCAUGCGAUUUAAAGGUUCAAGUAACCUUAAAGACUCGGUAUUUUUAAGGUGGAUAAUAGGAUCAAAACUUCGAAUUCUCUGCUGCAAUAAUCUCUCUCAUGCACCAGGCCAAAUCGGUUUAUAUAAUACAUACAUACGCCAGAACUCCAACCAUUAUGCCUCCUAUCCAGCGCUUGGUUUUAU